UGAGCUUCUUUGAUCCAUAGCUAGAUUUGACCUAGCUCCAAAAUGGAGAAUGGCUCCCGCUCCCACACCGGUGAAUCCCAAAUCAUAUCAUCUGAUUCCAGUAGCAGACGCGGUGGUUGGAUCACUUUCCCCUUCAUCAUCGGGGCUAUAAUGGGCUUAUCACUUGCAGUGGGAGGAUGGCUCUCAAAUUUGAUAGUAUUUCUGAUUCAAGAAUUCAAUGUGAAGAGUAUUGAUGCUGCUCAGAUUGCAAACGUGGUUAACGGUUCUUCCUGCUUUUUCCCAGUCAUUGGAGCAAUUAUAGCAGACUCUUUCUUUGGCCCUUUCUUGGUCAUCUCCAUUUCUUCCUGCAUUUCCUUGCUGGGUAUUGUUUUUUUGGCAUUAACUACUACAUUCGAUUCGUUAAAGCCUCAAUCUUGUUUAAUCGGAUCAGAAAUAUGCCAGCCAACCUCAACUCUGCAAUAUACAAUCUUGUAUACGGGUAUAGCUUUGGCAUCAAUUGGCUUGGGAGGUACACGCUUUACCCUAGCAACAAUGGGAGCUAAUCAAUUGGAUAAGCCUAAAAAUCAAGCAACUUUCUUUAACUGGUACUUCAUUGGCAUAUACUUUGCUUCAACCGUAGCUCUAACUGUCAUCGUGUACAUAGAGGACAAUGUGGGUUUUAAAUGGGGUUUUGGCCUAGCUGUUGCUGGCAAUGUUAUUGGCUUGGUCAUUUUCUUAUCUGGAACCCGUUUCUACCAUUUUAAUAAGCCUCAAGGGAGUCCAUUUGUGGGUUUAGCUCGUGUCAUUGUUGCUACUACCUGGAAAAGGAAUCUCCCACUCUCAUCUGAAAGCAAGGAUUAUUGUUACUAUGGGCAUGAGGGAGUGACCAACAGGGUGGCUACAACACCAAGCAGGAGCUUCAGUUUCCUUAACCGUGCAGCACAGAAAGCUGAAGGAGACAUCAAACCAGACGGGACAAUUGCAAAGCCAUGGAGAUUAUGCACAGUUCAACAAGUAGAAGAUUUCAAGACCCUUAUAAGAAUAAUGCCAUUAUGGUCAACAACCAUAUUCUUAAGUACCCCAAUUGGAAUCCAAGGCAGCUUGACUAUCUUGCAGGCUCUAACCAUGGACCGUCACCUAGGGCCUCAUUUUCAAAUACCAGCUGGGUCUGUUGUAGCCGUCAUUCUAGUUUCCGGUAUCAUCUUUCUCGCCCUCAUUGAUAGGUUAUUAUGUCCCAUGUGGAAGAAGUUAACUGGUCAUUUUCCGACACCCCUCCAACGCAUAGGAUUAGGCCACGUGCUAAACGUGUUCACCAUGGCAGUUUCAGCACUGGUAGAGUCUAAAAGGCUUAAAUUUUCCCAAGACCAUCCUGGUGCAACUACUGUCCCCAUGUUGGCAUUGUGGCUCUUCCCACAAUUGGUUUUGGUUGGUGUUGGAGAGGCAUUUCAUUUUCCAGGACAAGUUUCUUUGUAUUACCAAGAAUUUCCUUCGUCGCUGAAAAGCACAGCAACAGCGAUGAUCUCGUUGGUUAUCGGGAUUGCAUUUUAUUUAGGGACAGGUUUGAUUAAUCUGGUUCAGAAGGUUACAAGAUGGCUACCAGACAACAUAAACAAUGGGAGGCUAGAGAAUGUGUAUUGGAUGCUAGUUGUAAUUGGAGUGGUAAACUUUGGUUAUUAUUUAGUCUGUGCCAAGUUGUACAAGUAUCAAAAUGUACAGGAUACGGAUGCGGAUGGUAGUUUGGAAUCUGAUAAGAAGUGUUGUUUUUUUUUUUUUUGAGAAAUAAGAAGUGAUGUUUUUGCU